AUGGGGAACAUCACAAACCAUUACCUCCUCACUUACAGUCUGAAAAAGCCUCUGCUCAGACGUGACCAGGAACAGUCACCAGAAGUCGCGCAGACUGAAAACGAGGAGGUACCAGUUCACACUGUCCACAAUGAAGAGGACCGCACCACAAUUUUUGAAGAAAGCGUUGGAAUUACAAAUGAAAACUGCCUGACAAGUCCUUUUGGAGACUUGACUCUGAGGGCUCAAGAGACAGUGGUCAAUGACACGGUUAGUUCUACGUCUUCAGAGAGCAGUUUAUCACCGGAACCAUCUACUGAACCAUGUAGGAUUUCUCCAAGUCUCCACAAAGGCUCCUACUUCAUCACCAACGCACUCACCCAAAAACUGAUCAAACUGGCUGGAUCCAAAGACCACCGUAACGCCAGUCUAAUGGGUGUCCGCCUGCAUCACAGCAUCAAGCAGCAGCUGGAGUUAGAUGAAAACUGCCAGAUAAAGCUGAAGAACUUAGAGAAAGUCGGUAAAGCAGUGGCUAAACGUCUCUCUGUGGAGUAUGGAUCGGCAGGAGCAGUCCUGAGUGCGGCUUGA